AUGGAGCUAUGUACACACUUCAAAUCCCAACCCGUCUGGCUCCUCGUCCUCUUCGCUCUCGGCUUCAUUUCCAUCUUCAAGUGCAUCCUCUCUCUCCUCAAAUCUUUCUACAUCUACUUCCUCCGACCCUCCAAGAAUCUUCGCCGAUACGGUUCCUGGGCAAUCGUCACCGGACCCACCGACGGUAUCGGUAAAGCUCUCGCCUUUCAGUUGGCCAAGAAAGGGCUUAACCUCGUGCUCGUGGCUCGUAAUGCCCACAAGCUGAAAGAUGUCUCCGCAUCAAUCAGAUCCAAGUACAGUAACAUCCAGAUCAAGACCGUGGUGAUGGAUUUCUCCGGAGAUAUCGAUGAAGGUGUGAAGCGGAUCAAGGAGACCGUCGAGGGUUCGGAAGUUGGUAUACUAAUCAACAACGCUGGAAUGUCGUACCCUUACCCAAAGUACUUUCACGAGGUUGAUGAAGAAUUAAUCAAUAACCUAAUCAAGAUCAACGUUGAAGGGAUCACGAAAGUUACUCAGGCUGUGUUGCACAAUAUGCUUCAGAGGAAGCGAGGUGCCAUUAUCAAUAUUGGCUCUGGUGGUGCAGCUCUUAUCCCUUCGUAUCCUUUCUACACUGUUUAUGCUGGUGCCAAAACGUAA